AUGGCCAUGGAAAUGACAGUGAGUUACGAGAGCCAGUUCAACAGGAUAUAUGAUGCAAGGAUUAAUGAGCUACGGACGGGCAUAGCAAAGUCUAGUGUGGAGCAGGGAAGGACAAGAGUGCUGAACAGUAUUUUAGAGGUGGAAGGAUUGAAUGGAGGUGAGUGUGUGGUGAUUGGAACGCUGUAUAUAUCUAGUGAUCUGAAGAGUAGUAUUUUUGACAUGGUUGGAAGACGGAGCAAGGAUGUUGAGAAGGUGGGGAGGUUUACGUACUAUUCGAGGGAUGUAAGGUAUUUUCUUGAGGACGGAAGCGGCAGGAUUGAGCUUGAGCUACGAGAUUCCGGAGAGAUUUAUAGGAGGCAUUUUGUUGUAAGCACAGGGAUGUGUGUUGGAGUGGUGGGGAGGCAAUCAGAAACAGGAACUUUUAUUGCAGACGACCUUGUGCUUCCUUUUUCGAGCCCAAGAAGAAUUCCUGAUGUGCCUGAGAAGAAUGCAGUAAAUGGAAGAAUCUGCUUUGCAAGUGGAGUUCUAGUGGAUGCUGAUAGCUGUGUAGCAAGGAUGAAGGUGAUAAUUGAUUACCUGCGGCGGGGCGGAGUGAAAGAGUAUUUUUUGAUAGGAAACUUUUUUGAAAGCAGGAGCGAGGUCAGUAAGAAUAUGCUGGCGAGUCUUGGAGAUGUUGUGAGGUAUACUGGCGCAAAUGUUCGUUUGAUUCCAAACAAGGGAGACUUUGGAGCGAGAGUCCUGCCGUUGGUGCCUGUCCAUCCAAAGCUAAUUGAUGCGGCAGUAGAAUGCCUAUCGAAUCCAUGCAGGGUGGAUAUGAACGGAAAAGAAGGACUGGUGAUUACACAGUUUAUUAUUGAUGAUCUACUGAAAUACAUGCCUCGAAAUAUUGGAAGUAUACAAGGAGAAGGGUUUGAGUACAAGAUGCAUGUGAAUGAGAGUGAGCUGAAGCGUGUGGUACGCAAUGAAAAGCAAGACUUGGAUGCACAGCAUACAUUGAACACCAUACAUGCAAUGGAGGUUCUUAUGAAGGCAGGGCAUAUCUGUCCUACUGCACCUGAUACCCUGGCAUGUGCUCCGUUUUGUGAGCAGGAUCCUUUUGUAAUUACGAAUAGGAUGGAGUAUGUUUGUUGUGGCGAUGCGCCUGGGUUUGCCAGUAGAAGAUCCGAUUCUGAAGGAUCGCUGUUUUUUACAAUACCUCGGUUCAGUAAUCAGCACGAGGUUGUGGUUCUGAGCACCGAAGAUGGAACAUUAGAAACAAUACGGUUUGAUCAAGAAGAGUUUGAUUAA